UCCGACAUGGAGAAGCCAAAGAGAAUUCAACCAAAGAGGCAAGUAAUGGCCUUAAUUUUUAUAAUGGUCUUGAUGCAGGUUGACUCGGAGCUUAUUCGUUACUCUGUACAGGAGGAAACAGAGGGCGGUUCCGUCAUUGCCCACCUCGCUGAUGGCUUGGGCCUGGGAACUGGGGAACUGGCAGCCAGGUCGGCACAGGUAUUGUCUGAUGAUUACAAGCAGCAUUUGUUGCUGGAUCCUCAGACUGGAGAUUUGUUAUUGAGGGAGACACUAGACCGGGAAGAGCUUUGUGGGCCUGCUGAACCGUGUCUGCUGCGUUUCCAGGUCUUCCUUGAAAUGCCAGUGCAAUUUUUUCAGGGAGAAUUAUGGAUUCAGGACAUUAAUGACCACUCCCCAACGUUCAUGGAUGGGAACGUGCUCUUGAAAAUACCUGAAAGCAGCCAACCAGGGACUGUAUUUCCCCUGAAAUCAGCCCAAGAUUUGGAUGUGGGCAGCAACGGGAUUCAAACAUACACAAUCAGCCCUAAUGAUCAUUUUCACGUUCUCACUCGAAAUAACAGUAAGGGUAUGAAGUUCCCAGACCUGGUACAGGACAAGCCGCUGGAUCGGGAGGAGCAGGCUGAGUACAGCUUAAUUCUCAUGGCUCUGGAUGGCGGGUCUCCAUCGAGGUCUGGCACUGUCAUGGUUCAAAUCCUGAUCCUGGAUGUCAAUGACAAUGCUCCUGAAUUUGUGCACACCCUAUAUGAGGUUCAGGUCCAGGAGAACUGCCCCUUAAAUUCCCUCAUCCUGACUGUCUCAGCUAGAGACAAGGAUGCUGGACAUUUUGGAAGUGUUUCCUAUGGCUUGUUCCAGCCAUCAGAUGAAAUUAAACGAACUUUCUCAAUACAUGAAGUCACGGGAGAAAUUCGACUGCAAAAGAAACUGGAUUAUGAAAAAAUUAAGUCUUUCCAUGUGGAAAUUGAGGCCACAGAUGGAGGAGGCCUUUCUGGGAAAGGAACAGUAGUGAUAGAGGUGGUGGACGUGAAUGACAAUGCCCCUGAACUGACCAUAACCUCACUCACCACCUCCAUCCCAGAAAAUGCUCCUGAGAGCAUUGUCUCUAUUUUCCGCGUGGGAGACAGAGAUUCUGGAGACAAUGGGAAGAUGAUUUGUUCUAUUCCAGACCAUCUGCCUUUUGUCUUGAAACCAACAUUUAUGAAUUUCUAUAGCCUGGUAACAGAGAGCCCUCUGGACAGAGAGACUAGGGCUGAGUACAACAUUACAAUCACGGUUACCGACUUGGGGACACCCAGGCUCAAAACCCAGCACACCAUAACAGUGCAGGUCUCUGAUGUCAACGACAACGCCCCCACCUUCACCCAAUCCUCCUACACCCUCUUCGUCCCAGAAAACAACAGCCCCGCCCUGCUCAUAGGCACCAUCAGCGCCACAGACAGAGACUCAGGCUCCAAUGCCCAGGUCACCUACUCGCUGCUGCCGCCCCAACACCCGCAGCCGCAGCCGCAGCCGCAGCCGGACCCCGCCUCGCUCGUGUCCAUCAACGCCGACACCGGGCAGCUGUUCGCGCUGCGGGCGCUGGACUACGAGGCCCUGCGCGCCUUCGAGUUCCGCGUGGGCUCGGCCAGCGUCACGCUGCACGUGCUGCUGGUGGACGGCUUCUCGCAGCCCUACCUGCCGGCGGCCGAGGCGGCGCCCGAGCGCGCGCAGCCCGCCUCGCUCACCGCGCACCUGGUGGUGGCGCUGGCCGCCGUGUCGUCGCUCUUCCUGCUGUCGCUGCUGCUCUUCGUGGCGCUCAGGCUGUGCAGGAGGAGCGGGCCGGCCGCGCUGGGGGUGUGCUCGGCGGCGCCCGAGGGCCCCUUCCCUGCCCACCUGGUGGACGUCAGCGGCACGGGGACGCUGUCGCACUCCUACCAGUAUGAGGUGUGUCUCUCUGGAGACUCUGGGACUGGUGAGUUCAAAUUCCUGAAGCCGCUAUUCCCCAACCUCGUGGGUCUGGACCCUGGUAGAGAAGUUAGAGAGGAUCCUAACUGCAGGAACAGCUCUGUGUUCAGUUAAGUUUUGUAUUUAUUCAGUAAAUCUCAUUAAUUUGGGCCAAAUUC